CACGAUCAAGAUUGGUGGUGGUGACCUUGAGAGGAGCGGAGACCCAGAGAAGAGCAUCCCACUGCUUUGAGAUGCUGGAGGCUCCCUCCUUGAGCCAGGCUUGCAGAAGAAGUCUCUCGUGGGGUCUCUGAAGGCUUCUGGAGGAGGAGGGAGGGGUCUUCCUGAAGCGCCGCCCUCCCCAGCUUGCCUCCCUCCCUCGCCCCCUCCCCCGGGAGAGAGGGCCAGCCAUAAAACCCGGCGGCGGAGGCGCCUUCCACCUUCACUCCAUUGCCGCCCUUCCCGCGGUCCGGACCCGGCUCUGCCUGCCUGCCUUUGCAGCCUCUCGAGGAGUUCUCUUUUGUCCUCCCAUUGGGCCCUGAUGCUUUUGGGAAUGAGCACUUGUGGCAGGAAGGCCCUGACUCUGCUCAGCAGCGUGUUUGCCGUCUGCAGUUUAGGGCUGCUGGGUAUUGCUGUGAGCACCGACUACUGGUUAUAUCUGGAAGAAGGGAUCAUUUUACCCCAAAACCAGAGUACCGAAGUCAAGAUGUCUCUGCAUUCUGGCCUCUGGAGAGUUUGCUUUUUAGCUGGUGAAGAACGUGGGAGAUGUUUCACCAUUGAGUAUGUCAUGCCAAUGAAUGUCCAGCUCACAUCUGAAUCAACAGUCAAUGUUUUAAAGAUGAUUCGUUCUGCCACUCCAUUCCCACUGGUCAGCCUCUUUUUCAUGUUUAUUGGAUUCAUCUUGAGCAACAUUGGACACAUCCGGCCCCACAGAACUAUCCUGGCCUUUGUGUCUGGAAUCUUUUUCAUUUUGUCUGGCUUAUCUCUGGUUGUGGGCCUGGUCUUGUACAUCUCCAGCAUCAAUGAUGAGAUGCUUAACAGAACCAAGGACUCCGAGACUUACUUCACAUACAGAUAUGGAUGGUCCUUUGCUUUCUCUGCGAUUUCUUUCCUCCUGACUGAGAGUGCAGGCGUCAUGUCUGUCUAUCUGUUCAUGAAGCGAUACACAGCUGAAGAGAUGUACCGGCCUCACCCUGGCUUCUACCGCCCACGGCUCAGCAACUGCUCUGACUACUCGGGCCAGUUCCUCCACCCGGAUGCCUGGGUCCGUGGGCGCAGUCCUUCGGACAUCUCCAGCGAUGCUUCCCUCCAGAUGAACAGUAACUACCCUGCUCUGCUGAAGUGUCCUGAUUAUGACCAGAUGUCCUCCUCCCCCUGUUGAAGGACAACCUCUCCAUUUAGACAUGAAAAAGUUGGCGGAGGAUGUUAUGUCCUGAAUUUUGUACUUUUUUGUUUUUAAAAAAGCCAUUCGUACAGGA